AUGGCAGCAAUGAGGCAAAAGGCGCCGGCGAUCGGCUCAUCGCAAUGGAUACAGGAUGAGCGCGAUCAGGCCGAGAACUUCAUCGCGCAAGAAGCGGAUGAGUUCAGCUUCAGCGCGCGGAAUGAGUUGGAAUGGCUGAACGAGCAUAUGGCGGAUAUCUUCUCAACAUCACAAGUAAACUUCGCCGAUAUGUUCAAAACGCCCGGCAAGCUACGAGGCAAGACUCCGCGCACUGCACGGAAACGAGACGUCCUUGCACCCCGACAACCUCUUUCCGACAUCUUCGCGCCCAACAAUGCGCCCGCUGCGCCUGUAUCCGCGCAGAAGAACUCGUUCUACGACAAAAUCGCGCCUUUCCAAAUCUCCGAGGAUGCCCCAAAUCAGCAACAAGCUCUUGCUCAACCAGUCGCGCGUGGAACUAGCCCUCAACGUGCUGGCAAGCCAUGGACCGAUUCGGGUUAUCACGGGAUGAUGACGGAGGAUGAGAUGGAUCCGGACACGCGCAUGAUGGAGAGCGUGAUCAGUCUGUCGCAAAUUGGAGAGACACAGAAAGUACCUCUACGCGAUGAUCAGCCCCCUGCUCAACGGCUGCGUGACGGCAAAGGUGGAGACGAAACGGGAGAUGACUCUUUCGUCUCUGCCAAGGAGCACGAGGACGAAGUUGUCGAUGAAGAAAUGGACGACGCGCAUUAUGUGGCCACACAGCCGGAUGAUUUGCACGGUGUGCAUGCGCAACACCAUGCAAAGGCGGAUGUGCUGGAAGAGGUUGUUGCUGAGGUGCAGCCCGAGCAGGAGAUCGACAACGAUGUCGACAUGGAUAUGGAGGCUCCAUCGGACACAUCAAGUCCGGAGCAGCCACUGAACAGGAAGAGCAGCUUUACAUUCUCAUCAUUACCCGCUAGGGAACCACUUGGGGCAAAGAGGAGUAUGGGCCAGAUGGAGCGGCACCGCAGCAGCGUCUUCAACAAGUCGAUUGGCAGUAAGAAUGUCGACUCACAAGAAGCGGACGAUGAGAUGUCACAGGAGAAACGACCGGAGACGAAGGCACACAGCAAAUCGACCGCCCAAUUACUUCACGACCGAAUCAACAUGCUGAACAAGACAAAGGAACCACGUCCGUCUAAAAGCAUUCCUCUCCAGCCGACGUAUCCGCAACUCCCGGAAAUUCAGCCAGCGACCGGAGAGAUGGAUCAGACCUUCAACUUCGAAUUCGCCCAGAACAAGGCCAGCCAAGAUGCCAUGGAUGUGGACGACGAAGACGACGACUGGAUCGCCCCGAGUAAGCCGCGACAGUCGCUGCACGAGAAGACCUCAGACGCUACGAUCCAAGCAAGGACGCUCUCGCCACCCCGUCCUACGAUGCACCAGAAGUCCAUGUCAGCUCACGUUGUGGGAUCGCCGAGGAUUCACACCGAAAUGGGUGCUACGCUCGAAAAGUCGACCUCAAUCCCGCACCCAGAUCUUGCUGCCGCCAUGAAGUCAUCCACGACACCUGCGGGAUCUCCAUACGGGAAGAAGCAGACCGAUGGACCGUUGAGUGCUUCUAAGAACAGGCUGUGGUCUGCUCUGAAGUCAGCUAAGAACAUUUUCGCUUCAUCUGCCAGCACGAGCGCUGCGGCCAAGCUGGAGGCUUACAACCAAGCUGGUGAAGAGGAGCAAGGGACGAGCGUCUUCAACAUGCCGGGAGCCAUGCAAUCUCGUACGGAGACAUUACGUUCGCCGGCCAGGACCGGAUCGGUCAUCUCUUUCAGCCCCAGCAGGAAGACCCGCAGCUCAGACGAGAGUCAGAAGAAGCGCGAGAAGGAGAUGAAGGCGCAGAAGAAGGCUGACGACGAGCUGGAGAAGAUGAGGGAGAAGGAGCGGGCCAAAGCCUUGAAGCAGCAGCAGGAAGAACAGGCAAAGGCGGAGAAGGUGCAGAAAGCUGAAGCUAUCAAAGCUGAGAAGGAGAAGAAGAAGGCUGCAGCGGAGCGUCCAGAGUCUGCUGACGGAGACAAAGUCUCGAACGACGAAGGAGUGACCACAGGUCUGAAGUCCAGUAUUCUCGGCGCCGGAAAGCUGAGAGCGCCAGGCAGAAUUGUCCGGCCUACAACGCAGUCGAAACCGCAACCAGUCUCCAUCAAAGUGGCGUCCCAGUCGCAGAGGUUCGGCCACAACUCGCAGGCGUCGCUCUCACGAUCUACCCACGAGAGCAUGGUUCCGCCCGCAUCGAAGGACGGUCCAAGUCGUCCGCCUUCGGCAAUGGCAGGCAGAGGCGGACCAUCUGCCCCUGGCAAUUCUCGCGUGAAGGCGUUGGAAGCUGCCGCACGCAAAAAGGAAGCCGAUGAGCGGGUUGCUGCGAAGAAGGCAGAGCAAAAGAAAGAGCUCGAGCGGAAACGUGCUGCAAAGGUCGAGGAGGACAAGCGUGUCGAGGAAGAGCGCAAGGCUGCUGAGCAACAGCGUGCGCAAGAGGCCAAGCUGGCAGCGCAACGCAAGUUGGCGGACAAGCAGGCGGCUGAAUCGAGGAAGCGCGAACAGGAGCGUCAAGAGCAGCAGCGACGAGAGCAGGAGCGCCAGGAGCAGCAGCGACGUGACGAGCAGCAUAGGCGAGAGCAAGAUCAGCUGAGGCGAGAUGAAGAGGCCCGGCGCGCGCGAGAGGCGCAUGAAUUGGCAGAGUCGAUCAAACGCGAGCGUGCUCAGCAGCAGCAAGCUCAUCCUCGCAGCGACUUGCCAGGAACGCUGCGCCAGCUCACCAAAACGAUCCUCUCUGUUGCGCCGACUGGCUCGAAGCCUGCUGCGAAGAGACAGUUGGAUGACGAAGAGCAGUUCCCGCAGCCACCGCAGCGCCCUGGCAUUAUGCGCGGCCCGGCGUCGUACCAGCAGACCGAUGCGAAGCGGAGAAGGACCAUCGAGGAGCAGGAGGAGGCCAACCCGCGGGCGUCUGUCAUGGCGCCUCCGAAGCGGCCUUCUACGAUGCGCAAGGUAUAUUUCGAUCAGCACAGUGCUUAUACUGGUCCAACGACUAACACUACGCAGGAAACGAUCACCAAAUUCAAUCACGGCUACACACACGCGCCUCCUCCCGCCGCUCACCACAGCAUGUUCAAAUCCAACAUGGCCAGCAGCACCUCAUCUUCCGCCAACAACAACAAGCCUCUCCAUCCCUCCCAGCUCGUCCAGAUGUCUACUGCCCGCAUCCCAUUCGCCGAAAGCGCCGCGUCAUCCUCCACUCAGCAACAACUCGCACAACAUCCACCACAUCAUUACCAACAGCAGCAAUUCAAGACUCCUGCCCGGCCUGCCGCGCACGCUCUCCACCCUCCGAAAUCUGCUCCGCGAACUACUCCUCUAGGCGAUCACAUCGACCUGCCCGACAUUGCCACCGACUCGGAAGACGAAGACUCGGACGCAUCUCCACAAGGCGGGAACAACGGCGGAUUCCGCGCACCUAGCUGGGUCGCAUCACCUGCUUUGCGCGACCUGCUCACGCAACAGCAGCUCGUCGACCCAGAGACCGUGUUCGGCCCCAUUGGUGAGUUGAAGAUGGACGAGGUCUUCCGCAAUGGCGCGAAAGGCAAUGUGGAGCGAUUGAAGAGGUUCAGAGAGAGAGGCAGCAGUGCGUUGUGGCAUGAGACGGGCGAUGCAGUCACGAGUGCGGAGAAGAGGAGGGACCGAGAGGGACGCGAGAGGGUCGUGAGGGAAGGAGGUUGGAGAUACGACUUGGCGCAGGGAGAAUGA